AUGCUGCUGAUUAGACCUACCGAUUCUUUGACGUCCACUAGGACACAAAGUCUAUCAUCCACAACCAUCCUUAAUCAAGAUGAAAUAUAUAGCAAAGUGGACAAGAUCAAAUUAUAUGAAUGCAUACUAAAGAUUCUCAUACUCGAAUAUAUUAAUGAAGCUAGAUUUAAAACUCCUAUAAUUGAUGAGACCACCGAAUCCAAGAACUCCUUGACUACCCAAGUGUCACCCAAGAAGAAUAGAGCCUCGAGGAUUUAUGGUUUAGAGAGUAAUGACAAACUUUCGUCAUCAGUUUACAACAAUCUCGAACAAUACCUUAAUCUAGUGGCUAUGAAGAAAAGAGGUUCGAAGUUAGAUGACAACACCAGAAGAUCAUUCUUAAGGUUUUAUAGUGAAUUGUUAGACCCUAAAAUCAAAGAAGACUUGAAAACCAACAAUUCACUCGAUUAUUUGUUGAUGAAAUUCACUUCAUGUGCUAACAAAGAAGUUACCAAAUUAGGUAAUUUUCCCCCAUCAGACAUCAGUAACAUAGUUUUCAAACAGUGUAAUGAGUUUGUACUGUACUUGAUUCAGAUUGUAGAAAAGGAAAAGAAUGCAGAAUUGAUCAUUAAGAAAUUGAAUGAACAUAGAGAUUCUUUAAAACCAAAACCUUCAACUCCUUCAAUCUCCAAUAAUUCAAAUUCUUCCAAUGUUAAAUACUUGAAACCUUCUUAUAAUGUCAAGGAUAUGGACAAAGGAUUAAUUGAAUUGUUGGUGAAACUAUUCAAAGUCGAUAACACCAAAUUACAACAAGAUAUUUUCAAAUUUAAAGAUUUGGCUCAAGAGAAACAAUUGCAUAAUGACAUUAAACAGAUUCUUUUCUAUCUUGAUAAGGAUCUAGGACAAUAUAAUCCCAGAUCCUUUGUUGAGGAAGAAUAUUAUCAACAAUGGAAGUCAAGAGAACAAGCAGGCUGUGAAUAUUUGACCAAUAAAUAUCAAAUACCUGCCGCUAUGAAAUUAAUGCUGAUACCGAAAUUACCUCCUGGUGAAGAUUUCUAUGUUUUACCCCCCAGUUCUAUGACGAGAGCCUUUUUCACUAUUUUAGUCAAAUUGUGUCUAGAAUUACAACAAUCAGAUACUUAUGGGACUCCUGAUAAACCACUUAUAACCAAACAAUCAGUGUCUUUAAUAAAUUUAUGUGGUAAAUUCUGGAGAAUUGAUUAUCCUACCAAAGCAGCUUGUGUUUUCACAGCCAGUCAUUUAGCAGGAAUAUUAAGAGACCCAUUAUAUCCCGUCAAUGACGUCAAAGAUUUGGCACCAGUUGAUAUUGAAAAUUCCACUCAAGUUCUUCAUUAUUGUAAAACAAUCAUAGAAGAUCAGGGGAAAUUGUCAUGGGAAGAUAAAGAUUCUUGGUCAACAAAAGAUCGAGAUGAAUGGACUAAGAAUCUAACAUUCAGUUAUAAUUCUACCAUGUACUCCAUUAAAGAAAGUUUACAAAUAAUCUUUAGUAAGGUAACCAAACCUAAAUUUGGUCCUGUCCUAGUGUUCUUAGGUGAUUAUAUCGAAUCUGAUGUUCUCUUUACUAAUGUUGAACAAUCAGGGUUGGUGAAGAAAUGGGAAAAGAAAUUAUCCAAAACAUUGUUAAGAGUAGCAGAGUUGAGAUAUGCUGAAUUAUUAGAAAAUUUACCUCGUGACAAUUCUUUGAAUAUUCUUCAUGUUUUAGACAUCAGUGAUAGUAUUGUAGGUGACAUAAAAUCUUUGCAAAAGAAAUACAAGAACCCUUUACUUGGGUUUCUUAACGUAUCCAAGACGGUUGGUGCUGUUAUGACUUCAAUGUUUGCGGUAGAUUCCAAGAAUAUUCUUAAACAUAUUGAAACUUAUAGUAGGAAGAAAGGGGAAUUCAUUCAUUAUGGAGAUUCCUUGGAAGCUUAUAAAUCACUUUCUGAGAUCAGAAGUAUUUACAAUCAAGUAACAUUAACCGAUACCCCUUUUAAAUUUAAUUUGGAGAAGUUCUUUUUCCCUAGCUUGAAUGAUUGGGUCACAGAAAGUAGUACCAAGAUCUUAAAUAUCGUUAAUGAGGCUAUUAAGAGUGAUAAAUUUGAGCCUAUAGAUCUUGAAAAUGAUGAUAAGAAGUUCAGUACAUCAGUUCUUGAUAUUUUCAGUCUUAUAAAACAGUUUUUAUCUAUUUUAGACAAAUUGAACUGGGAGAACCAUUAUCAAUUAUCUAAAGUUUACACAUUAUUGUUGAAAUCUAUAUCUGAUGGAGUUUUGAAGUAUACCAAUAGUAUCACCGAAAAGAUUAUUCAUGAACUUAAUGAGGAAGAACAAAAGAAACUCACUGAAAUGAACAAUGACAAACGUAAAAGUGGUGGAGGAUGGUUUGAUGAAAUGAAGAAUGUGGUUAAUAACAUUCAAAUCUCCAGUAAGAUUGAAACUGAAGAACCUUAUAAUUUCAGACCGGAAACUUGUGUGGGUUUGAACAAUUUGAGUGCCAUGAUGCAACAAUUAACUCAAUUGGAAGACAUUUUAGAUCCUGAAAUGAUUCUGUCCACUGUAAAAAGUCAUGAACCUAAUCGUCAAAAUUAUUUCACCAGUCAUAUAUUUUCCAUUCGUUUGAUUAAAGCAGAAAACAUAGCCAGUGGUUCAUCCUCCAACUUAAGACCUUACGUCUCAUUAUUAGACACUUCAGUUAGGAAAACCAUUGGUAAAACCAGAACCAUCAACAACACUUCUAAUCCUGAAUGGGAUGAAGAAUUUGAGGUCACUCUCCUGCCUAAUGCCAACCUUAAUUUGUCCAUCACCGUAUGGGAUGAGAAAUUAGGAAGUCAUUCAGUGUGUGGUAGAGCCAUCCUUCAAUUAGAUCCUCGAAGGUUCAAACAUGAUGGGAUUCCUCAAGAAAUCUUAUUAGAUCUUGAUACUCAAGGAAGAUUAUUCAUUGAAGUUGCUGUAGAAAGUGAAAGGGUUGAUGCAAUUUUCGUUAUGGGACGAGCUCAUAGAGCAUUAUUAAGAUCUCAAGAAAGAUGUAUAAAACUUAUAGUAGAGAAAUUUUCACGUUUCAUCCAUUUAUGUUUCUCCCGGAAUAAUUUGAAAUCGAUUUGUGGGAAUAAUGGACAUAUUAAACCUACGCAAAGUCAAAUGGAUGAUGCCAUGAUGCCAUUGUAUGAUUAUUUGAAUUCUAAUCUUCAAGUUUUGGCUCAAUAUUUAACCAAUGAUUUAUUAAUGAAGGUAAUGAUAGCUGCUUGGAUAGUCGUUGUAUCAAGUGCUGAUGACCUUUUGUUACCAAAAUUAGUAUCGGCCAAAACCUUCAAAAUAUCUAAUCUUGGAUCGAAAUUAUCAUCUAAAACAAAUUCUCAAUCGUCUAACAAUGGUUGGCAAUCAGCCGUUACCUCAGCCAUGGCUAAUGUUACUAAUUCGAUGGGGAUCAGUGGGUUUGGGAAACAAUUGACUCAUAAUGAAUUAGAAACUGUCUUCUCAUGGUUGAAUUUCCUUUGUUUUGAUUUCUUCCAUAAUGAUGGGAAUGGACCUCCUGUUAAGGAUUUGAAAAAUGAAAGCUAUCAAGCAUUGUUAUUGUUACCAGUAUACUAUGAUCGAGAUAUUGAUUAUUUAAAACAAGAAGUCGAAAGAUUAUCACCAGCAUUUGUUAAAUCUUUAAGAGAUCGGAAUAACUUCGAUAACAGCAAUUUCAAUGAAAAGGGUAGACCAAGAAGUCUUAGUAGAGCAAGUACAAUGGCUAGAAAUAAAACUAUAAUGGCCAAUGCUACUUCAAAGGCAAGAGCUAAAGCUAAAAUGGAAGAAUUGGAAGCAAGACAAGAUCCUGUUGCUGCUCAAGCAUCAGCAGAAGAUAUCAUUUUAAGACUACUUUUAAUUCGAGAUGAAAAAUCAUUCGUUGCUAGAAGAUUAGAUCAAAGAGAGAAAUUGGCUCAUAGUAUUGCUACUGAACGACUCGCUAGAGCAGCAGCUGAAGGAAAAUUUUCAAGGUAA